CACCAGACAUCCUCAUCUAUGAAAACUGUAGGCAUGGCUAAGCUGAACCUCUUGCUGGGACUCCUAUGGGCAGUAGGAUUUGCCACAUCAUUGGGUUCAACUGUAAUAAGCAGUACAGUGUCUAAUAACAUAGUUGCUACAACGGGUACAAAGACUACACAAAACAGUGCUGUAAGUACCCCUACGGCAGUCAUUCCCAGCGUACAAGAUGUCACUACUAAACCAGUUUCUUCUCCUUCCUCAUCGCAAAAAGUAAGUGCAUUGAGUCCGCUGCCUACUCCUACAACUAAAGCAGAAAGUGUUGCCACCGGCAGUGCCAGCAUCCCAACAACAAAACCUGUUACCGCUACUACAAAAGUUACAAUAACCAGCAAAAGUACUGUUAGCGAAGCUACUACUCCAAGCCCAACGCAGCCUUCUGGAGUUGUAACCGAUAAACCAACAACAGCCAAGACCACACAGAGCAGCUUAUUGACUACUAAAGUGACUACUAAGGAAGCUACAGUACAGAUGGCCACAGGCACAAAACCUCUUGCAACCACUACAACUCAUGGCACAUCAGCCUCUCCACAGCUAGAAGUUACCACACGAAGUCCGCAUAUGCACACCUCAGCCAUCUCCUCGACUACUGCAUCUCCUCAAAGCACAUCCUCUCCAACAGUUUUAGUUGGAUUUAAAACUACAGAAACCCCUAGUAAAACCACUAGUGAGACUCAGAAAGUAUCUACCUCCACCAUCACUGAGGGGAAGUCUACUGUUACCACCAUCACCACACAGUUUCCAAUUACCAGGGAAUCCACAGUUACUCCUGAGCAAUCCAUCCAGGUUGAGUGCCAAAAUAUUGCCUUCAACAACUCUCACAUAAAGAUUAACGUCACAAAAAUUGCACAGCAUUGUGUUAACCCAACUGCUAGCAAAGCAGUUGAUGUCAUGGAAAUAGUUUGCAAAGCCAUAAAACCAGAAUUCCAGCCUCCCACAGACAAGUGCAAAGUAGUCCUAGGGUACAAUAAUGAAAAGAACAAUGAGGUAGCGAUACUGGAAGCUGUAGUGGAAACACAUCUAAAUACAAAUGAUCUUCAUUCAAAACUUAAGAGCAUCAAAAAUGAGGAUGGAACACCCAUGUUUGUAUAUAACUCUGUGGAACACAACACUUAUUACGAAGAUUGGUUAAGCAUGCCCCUUAUCAUAACUAUUGUAUGUCUGGCAGUGUCCCUGCUUAUUAUAGCAGGUGUUUACGGAUGUUGGCAUCAGAGACAAUCUCAUAAGAGAGAGCAGAGGCUCACAGAAGAACUCCAGACCAUGGAAAAUGGUUAUCAUGAUAAUCCAACCCUUGAGGUGAUGGAGACCUCUCCAGAGAUGCAGGAGAAAAAGGGAGGUCUGAAUGGGGAGCUUGGGGACAGCUGGAUUGUCCCACUGGACAACCUUACAAGGGAAGACCUGGAGGAGGAAGAAGACACCCAUUUAUAAAUAAUAGGGAUAUCGGUAAAGAGUGACUAAGGAAUCCAGCAAUAUCAAGCAAAGAAAACAUAUGAUAUGGCUGGUCAAGCAAAGCAGGCCCUGAUCUGUCCCAUUACACAAAGUGCCAUCCAUAAAAUAACAUGCCUUCCCUGUGAUCUGUUAUAUCCACAUUCAUUUAGUAGGAUGUGAUCAAAUGCAUACAACAACCUGUUAUUAAUUGACUAUUUCAGAUAUGUCAUAGAGGAGGGGACUUGUUUUCCUGCAUCCAGGAGCACUUCAGUUGUAUUCCUCAAAAUCAGAAUUAUAAAGCAUUUGGGUGGAAUAUGUGCUUUAUGUACACACACUGUGUUAUAUACCUAGGUUAUAAUGCACUCCAUGUUGUCUUUACAAUGCACAAAUGAAGACACUAAAUAGAAAUAGAAUAGAAUGUCAGUGUUCAAUGAACUCUUGGUGAAAAAAAACCCACACACACUUGUUACCCCCUUUUAAAGAAAAACCAGUUACGGUGAAAGAAAGGAGACUGGUUGCAUGCUCUUCAAUGCUGGAUUAAAUGUAAGUGUGAGAAAUCUCUUUGAACUUGUACUUUAUAUGCAAAGGGAGCAGAAAGUUGUAUUUAAUGUAUAUAUAGCACUAUAUAUAUACAGGGAUGUGUCUUACAUGAUUUGCUUAGAUUUUGCCGACGUAUUUUAUUGGCGGUAUCUCUAUCAUGUGUAAGUUUGCGGGAAAAAGCAACUUGACUAAAAACCUAAUUACUCGGGUGCCACUGGUAAAUCACGACUUAACUGAAGCUAUGACAAGUGCUACUGAGAGGUUUUCUGUUUUUGAAACUUUUUUUUAAGAUGUAUGUGCCAUGCAUUUUUAUAUUUGCUAAUUUUAUAUAAGGUCACAAUAUAUAUUUUACAAUUUUCACCUUUCUAACUUGACCAAUACAAAGAUUUUAGUUUGCUAUGUAAUUCUUACACUUCCGCUGUAACAUUUUAAUGUAUGUCCAUGUCACAUGCAGAUAUUUGCUUUGGAUAUUACACAUUUGUUAUUUGGUAUUAGAUAUAAUUGUGCAUUUUACCUUGUACAACAUACCGAUUAUUAUUAUUUAUAUUGACUUGUAUAGCACCACCAAUAUUCCAGUUGACAACUGACGCAAGGUGGACUGCAUUAUGAGCUUGAUCCAUGCAUGACAACCAAACUGCUGUUAAACUACUGAAAUUAUAAUCAAGCAACACCUAGGAGUCAUACUAAUCUCACUAAAUUGAGAAAACAGAGAAUGUUCCAAUAUUA